AUGAUUUUAAAAAUUCAAUCUGCUUUACUGGCUGAUCUUCUUAAAUCCUUUUAAAAAGUAUUAUUAUAAUUUUAUAAAUUAGAUGAAAGAUUUUUAAUAAGUAUGGUUAGAUAUAUCUCCAUCAUUUAUUUGUUAAGAGAAAGUAACAUAAUUUGGAAGACAAUUAAAAUAAUUUUAAGAAUCAGUUAAUUAUGUGAUUGAUAGUAAUUCCAAUAAGAUAACAAGUAGAAGAUUUUUUGAUAAAUAAAAGCCAGCAUACUUUCAAGAUAAAAAGAAGGAUAAUAAAAAGAAAGAAUUAACUGAAGAGGAAAAGUAUGAAUGUUCUAUAUAAAUAGAAUAUUGGAACUUUAAUAAAUACCUUAUAAUUAAAAUUUUAAUCCUUAAUCUAGUUUAGUUUGUAUUCUAUUCUUUAAAGCUUAAGCUUUAUUUGAAUCAUGGUAAUAAUUCUUACAUUACAAAAAGAACUCUGAAAAAUAUAAAGAAGUAUUAUAAUUAGAUAUUGCAUAUAGAUAUCGAAUAGAUUUGCUAGACUUUAAGGACACUGGAAAACAGUGUAAUUAUUGAAGAAAUUUGCAAAAUUUACAGCAAGAACUAAAUAAAUUUAUAUGAAACCACUAAAAGGAGAAGAUACAUAAGAUCUUAAAGAAGAAAUAAAAUUUUAUCAAAAUUUUUUAUCUAUGAAGACUUUAGGGAUAGUUAAUAAUUUGGCUAAAUCUCCUGCCUUGAAUAUAAAUGGUGGUUAAUUGAAAAUAAAAUAACUAAAUUAGAUUAGAGUACCUUAAAAAUAGAAAUACAUUUCUUAACAAUAUCUCAAAUAUACUUAAGAACUAUUUUGA